UAAAAUAAAACCGUAUCACACACUCACUGAAGUCUUGCUCGAUGUCUGUGUGUGCUGGCUGGCUGAGGACAUUUUUAGAGUAACGUUACUUCAGGGAUUCUCGUCAUUCUAGUUUAGUAACGUUAUAGAAAAAAAAAAUAUAUACUUAAUUUUAAACGUAAAAAUGACGGAAGAUAAUAACUGGGAUGAAGAUUUGGAAGAAGACGCCGCGAUAGCAAGAGUCUUCCAACACUUGAAGAUCCACAAACAGCAUACUGGAGAAUCAGGUCGUAAUUCUGGAGUACCGCAAUCAAAUGAAAGAGUGGACUUUGUUGCAUUGCCCUGUGGUCAUCGAAUGCCGGCAGACUAUGUUGUUGCUUGGUUCAAGUAUUAUCUUAAACAGGAGAAAAAGACGGAAUUUUCUUGCCCUCGCGUUCAUGUUCAGGGGAAAUCCUGCAGUAAAAACCUCUCUUAUCAGGACAUGUGUCGGCUGAUACCACUGACAGACAAACAACGGGAAUUCCUGGAGGAGAAUCUCGCUGCUCUUGUUGCUAGAAGGCUGUUUGACUUUAACCCCUGUCCAGGAUGUCAGUCUCAUGUGGAAAGACGAGAUCGGGGUAACCUGUGUGUACACUGCACUAUCUGCACGGCCAACUUGAAACGAAAUUACUAUUUCUGCUGGAACUGCCGCAGGGAAUGGAAGGGGCCGGCCAAUAAUGGUGUGCGGUGUGACAAUGAUGGCUGUGGACAGAGAGUGAGAACUUCAGAUCCACUUAUACCAUGCAAACCUGAGUUUAAAAAGAAAAUGCUUCAAGAAAUGGGAGAUGACAUAUACCCACUAAAAGACAAAUCCCAAGACAGAAAACGUUUGGCACUGCUUAUAAACAAUGUAGAUUUUAAAAACUUAAACUACAGGACCGGGGCAGACAAAGAUGAGCUGAGUAUGGAAGUGCUGCUUAAAGGUCUGGGUUACACUGUGAUCACACUCAGAGACCUCAGUGCACAGGGUAUGCAUGCUGCCAUGCGAGACUUCGCCCAGCGAGAGGAACAUGAUAAAUCGGACAGCUGCUUUGUGGUGUUGAUGUCCCAUGGAGAUGCCAAGGGAAUCUGCGGGGUUUUUGACUCUAUCGAAGAUGAAGAGGACGUUUUUCAAGCAGAGGAAAUUUUUAAUUGCUUGAACACUCCGAACUGUGCUGGAUUGAAGGACAAGCCAAAAAUCAUCCUCAUCCAGGCGUGUAGGGGUGGUAAAAAAGGCAGUGUGAUUGUCCAGGACGCUGUGUCAAGACGCAACAGAGCAAAAGAGCACAUUGAAAAAGAAUUCUGCUGCCUGAGAUCCUGUACUCCAGAUACUGUGUCCUACAGAGACAAAGAGAAAGGCUCAGAUUUCAUCCAAGACACUGUGGAAAUAUUUAAUCAGCAUGCCCACCAGGAUGACAUUGAGGAGCUCUUCAGAAAGGUCAUUAAGAAGUUUAAGGAGUCACAUCCUGAUCAAUUGCCGUGCAAGGAAAGAAUAACAUUAUCUAAGAAAUUCUACCUCUUCCCUGGGUUGUAGGACACAGCAACCACAACUUCUGACCUCAGUAACAUGAUUUAUACAUCUCUUUAUUGUCAUCUCAGGAGUUCAUGUUUGAAGAAAACAAGGAUUUACUGACAUUUUAAUGAGUUUGCAUGUUCAUAUAAUCCUUGAUCAUGAAAGUAAAAAGAUUUAGCUUGUUGUCCAGCUUGAAACUUGACUUGUAAAAAGAAUAUUAGUAAUAGUUCUAUAAAUGUAUACUUAAGUAAGGUUCUCCAUGUUAAACUAUACUAUUUUCCUACAAUUUAGAGGACUCAGAUAUUGAAAUAUUAUAUAUGAAAUAUUAUGACCAUCAAAUCAAGAAAGUAAACAUCUGGAUGUACUUUACUGUGAACAUUAUGUAUUAAAUUUUUAUUCAUUUUA